AAAAUAACAAAUACAAAAAGUUCUACUUUAUCAGGUGUUAUUUUAUUUGGUUUGGAUUUAGAAUGUCUUAAAUUAUGUCAUAAAAAUAAAGAAAAUAUAUUACCUAUUAAUUUAAAAAAAAAAACUCCAUUUUUAAAUCUUAAGUCUAAUUCACAAAAAAAUAAUC